CUGUUUACCUGUAGAUGGAGUAACUUUUUUCAUGUAUCGCUCAUAACUUUAUUUUGUUUUUGUUUGUUUUUCUUUUGGUCGUCCACACGCGGUCAGCAUGUCCGGCCAUCCGAACCAGAGAGCCCUCCGCGGGCUGUGUGUGCUGAGCGCCCUGCUGCUGGCCGUGUCGGGGGAGAACGUGUCCGAGGGCGGCUCCGGCAUGAUCCAGGAGCUCCGCGAGGCCCUGGCUGAGCUGGCCGGGAAGGGGAGGACUUACCUGGGCAGGCUGGCCGGGGAGCAGACGGUGCUGUCGGUGCAGAAGGCUUUCUCUCAGGUGCUCGGUGCCGUGGCAGGAAGCGUGUCUGUGGGCCUGAACGUGCUCUUACAGUACGUCUCACAACUCAUGCAGGCUGCUGGAUUCCAAGGUGGGUUUCCCAUCAGCCAGGUGACCCCAGACGGACUGGUCUUUGUCGCCCAGUGGGUCCUCGCGGCUCUCGUUGGCUACUGGCUGAUCUCCUUCGUCUUUGGAUUGGUCGCCUCCGCUCUGCGGCAGGCCCUGUGGCUGCUCAAAGUGGGCGUGGCUCUGGCCUGUUUCGGCCUGAUCCUCAGUGACCACAGCGUGGACACGGACACCGUGGCGUUCCGGCUGGCCGCGCUGGUGUGCGCCUGCGUGAUGCUCGGCGUGGGGAGUCGGAGGAGCUCCGGUGAGUCCGACAAAACGGCUCACCUGGAGGAGCAGGUGAAGACACUGGAGAUGCGGCUGAGGGAGUUGGAGGGGAGGCGGAGGAGGAGGACGGAGGAGUGAUGGAGGGGCGGAAAUCGAGCGCUCCUCUGUCGUCUUCCCUUCCUUCCCUCCUGAACGGGCCCCCGGAACCAUUUCGACAUUUGGUAUUUUUUGCUAGAAAGAGUUUGAACAGUAAUCCACGGCUCGUUACCAACACAACGUGGUUAUAAGUCAUUCCAGGAAUCAGUGAUUUGGGUUUCUAACUUUUUGAAAAGGGCAAUUUGUUCCUCAGUGUGCCGAGGUGCGGAGGAUACAACGCUUUUCCGUCCAAUGUUCUGACCGUCUUCACGUUGCAAUAUUAAAGAAGCGUUUUGGGAAGCA